GAAUAAGGGACAAAAUGUAAAACUGUUUAGCUUUGGAACCCUUGAAAUAACGAGUUUUCUCUUACUUGGGAGAGAAAAUUGUGUUUACCUCAACUUUUUGCAUCGAGUCUAGACUAGAGAGUAUGCUGAGGAAGCCUUCACGAGUCAUUAAUGUACAUAAAAAACAUGGAGCAGCAUGCAUCCCCAUGGUACAGUGACAGCCGUUUUGCUCCCUUCUGGCGGCAAUACAAUGCACUAAUGAGUGCGGCACAUCAGGAUGCUAUCUGCAAAGCUGAGCAUGUUGCAAAUCAAGCUAGAGCAGCCCUGAUGAGUAGUUUGCAUAAUGGACCAUAUCACCGUAAACAGCAGUCACUGCAGCCAUCACAUAUGUUAAGAGAAAAACGGUUUAGAAAAUCCCAAAGACGAAAGAAGAACAAGAGAAGAAGUAGAAAUCAUAAGUUGAGUAAUAAUCCAGGGAACCAAAGUGACACAGAGUCCCUGUACUCCCAAAUGAGGCAGGGUAUGCACAUUCAAGAUGCUAAUGAUGACAUGGAGGUCAAUGAGGAUUUCCUUCUAUUUUUAGAACAAAGCAAGAAGCACAGGGAGGAGUGGAAGAUUUUAAAGGUUAAGAACGACCAAGAGGACACGCAGACAGCUGCAACAACCACAGAUAAGGCAGCUCCUCAUGUAGAAUCUAAAGAACAUCCAGAUGUUAUAAGAAGCAGAGAAAUGCAACAGCUCUAUGGCCAAGCUUCUGCAAAGAUACAAGCAAUGGAGACUGCCCUACAGCUUUCUUUUGAUCGCAAUGCCACAUUACAUCAGCCCCAGUACUGGCCAAACAUACCCAUCACACUCAUGUUUAGUUAGAGCAAGAUUACAAUAGAGGAAUAGCAUUUUUUAUGGGUUAACAUUCUUUCCUAGAGAAGAGACUGGCAUAUGCAGAUAUUUUAACUGAAUAAAUAUACAAGACUGAUGAAA